AAACAUCGACUUUUGUAAUAAUAUUGUGAAAUCGUGCUUAUUACUCAAAAUCUUUCAGUUAGGCAUAUAAUUAAAAUCACAUUUAAAUCCUUUAUCUACAUGUAAAAAUUUUAUUACUAAUAUUGAGAUAAAAUAAGUCCAUUAAGUCAGCUGACGCAUAUAAACAAAGGGAAUGUCAUUUCUAAAAGAAUAGGGAUUUUGAGUGCCUUUAAUUACUAUUUACAUUUUUUAACACCAUGGACGACGAAGAUAUAUCCGUCGUAGCCCCUAGCGUAGGUGACAUAGAUCAAAGUCUUCUCUUACAAUUUAGUUGUAUGAACACUACUGAUAGAGAUGAGCUCGUAAGCCAAAUGCAAAGACUGCUAGGACCUAGUUUAAACCAUAACACUGCAAGUUUUUUCCUAGACAUGAGUAAUUGGAAUUUACAAGCUGCAAUCUGUUGUUAUCUAGAUUAUAGUGUACCACCUAAACUUCCUUCUAUGUCACUGAAAGCUGCUCAAAGCCUGGAAUCGGCAGUAGGUCCAUUAACAUGUUUCCAACAGCAUUGGAGUAUAGCCAAUACAGGGACUGAAGCUUGGCCUGGGAGUUGUAGGAUAGUCCAAACUGGUGGGGAGUCAUUUGAUGCGACUCCGGUAUAUGUACCUCCACUACCACCAGGGCAUACAACUAAUGUGACUAUGAAUCUUCGGUCACCCAGUGCACCUGGGACCCACAGAGGCUUCUUCCAUUUAGUGACAGACAAAGGGGAACAAGUUGGAGAUCCACUUUGGGUAGAAGUAAAUGUUGAAUCGGAGGAAACUAUGGCUCUAGCGCAGCAACUUGCUGCUCUGCCUGUACCCAGCAGCCCUUUGGAAGACUCAGUGUCCCAAAUGCCAUCACAAGAUGAUCAGAUGUGUUGACAUUUUGUAAGAUACAUAAUUCAUUUACAUAGUCACGCCCAGUUCUUGGGUGACAGGAGAUUGAGUAUUCACUACCACUUUUCAUUGCCAUUAAACAUCAACAACUGUUGCAUAGCUCCUGUCAAAACACAUAACAACUGUGAAACAAUUUAAUUCAAACUUUUAUUCAUAUUUUUAAAUCCCAACUUUCUGCACAAUUCUUUUCAAUUCUGAAAAGUUCUUUAGUGUGCAUAGCAUUUUUUUUUGUUUAUAUUAUUAAAUUUAUUUUGUAAUGAAUUAAUUUACUGUUAUGAAUUUAGUAAAACAAAAGAUCAUUUUUUAGAAAUUUACUAAGUAUUGGUUUUUAUUAAACAUAUUGUAACAAUAACUGUAAAGAAAGAAACAAUUUAACAGAGAUGGAUAAGAGGCCUUGCUAUUGUUACUUAUUUUAAAAAAAAUAUUCAUUUUAAUUUUGUCAUAAUAAUGGAGGUUACAAAAGGAUUAACAGUUUUUGGUAUAUAUAUGUACCUACAUAUGAAGUAGCAAAAAAAAUCCAUGAUCUACAUAAUAUAUAAAUGUAAUAAAAUUACUAUUAUUAUUUUUUGUAGUGUAUGUUUGUCAAUUUUUGACAUGAUAAUACUGCUGAGAUGUAUCCAAAUGAUACAUUGUGUUGUUCUAAAUCAGUGUAAUUUUAACUUAUUACUUGAAGGCUUUGCUCACCAUUCUUCUCUUGAGACAAUGUACAAAUAUGGUAUAAGGGUAGAAUAAAAACAGAAUUAUAUUGGUAAUAAUAAAACUGUUAAUUAUUGUUAAAAUAUGAGAUGUAUAGAAAGAUAUUUUCUUUACAUUUAUAUUAGCAACACUCAUACGUCAUAUUUGCCAUGAUGACGAGAAAAUAUUGUAAUGAAUUUAUUUACUUAUAAUAAAGUUUUAUACGAUU